AACAAUUGUCACCAACAAACUAUUCGUAGAUGAUUAUGUUGAGGUUAUGUUUAUCUCAGCAUGUUUUAAUUGUCUUAACAAUUUAAUAUGUAAAAUUCCAUAAAUGAAAAAGUAUUAAUUAUAGAAAUGAUAACUUUUUCAAGUGAACUAAUACGAACUGAUAUAACGUGUAUAAAAACAUGGGAGAACUACAUUUUGGCAGGAAUUGGUGGAUAUUUACACAUAUAUUCUCAAAUCACAAAAAAACUAAUAAAAAAGUAUGAAAUAUUCAAAGGACAAAAAAUUUAUGGCAUUGUUCCGAACAUUAAUUCAACCAAUAUUUUACUUUAUGGAGGAACAUUAAUAAAAACUAUCAAAGUUUCCCAAUGUUUAGAAUUAGGUGAAGACAAUUUCACAGACUUAAAAGAAUGGAUACUGUGUGCAAAUUGGAGUGAUGAAUACAAAAUUGCAGUUGUAACUAUGAACAACAAGUUCAUACUUCUGACAAAGCAUUUAAAAAUUGACAAAGAAGUCAUCUGUGAGGCACAAUGUAUUUUAUACAGUGCCUUCAUAUGCAAUAAUAAUUUUAAUGAUUUGAUUUUAAUAUCAGGAACUGUCUUUAAUGAAGUACUCAUUUGGUGGCCAUCGAAAUAUAUUGAUGAGGAAACUUGCCCUGUUAGUGCAAGGUUACACGGUCACAAGGGAGUGAUAUUUUCUAUAGACUACAAUCCCGAAACAGGAACAAUUUGCAGUGUUUCUGAUGAUCGUUCUGCCAUAUUAUGGAAAAUAAAUUCCGCCAACAUUUUAAAAGAAUUACAAAAUCCACAUGUAAAAAUUGAACUUUUGACGCAAGUUUUUGGUCACACCUCAAGAGUGUUCAGGUGUAAAAUAUUAAAUGAAAUGUUCAUAACUGGUGGUGAAGAUUCACAAGUUAUUUUAUGGUCAUACAAGGGGGAAAUGCUUAGAAAAAUUAGUGCAUUCCAAGCCAGUUCAAUAUGGGCAUUAGAUUGUGAUAUUAAAAGUAAUUUACUUGUUAUUGGGGGAGGAAAUUCUGGCUUAUCUUUGUAUUCUCUUAAGUCAAAUGUAAAUAGUCAAACACUCAAGUUACCAGAUAGCGUACCUAAAAGUGUAUGCAUAUUAAAUAAUCUUAAUUUAGUUUGUUUGACGGAAAAUGCAAAUUUAUAUUUUUAUAACAAGAAGGAAGAAGAGUGGAAGCUUAUUAAGAAACAUGUAGAUUUAAAUAACUAUUGCUUGCUACAAACAACUGACUGCAGACAGUUUAUUUCUCUCUCAGGAUAUAAAGGACAAAUUUUUAUCUACAGGAAUAUUGGCGACGAUUUAGUUCUUUAUUCAGAAUAUACAUCCCCACUAAAAUCCAGGAUAUUUUCAUUCCACUGGUUAAGUUGUAGUGUUUUUCUUAUAAGUCAAAGUGAUGGAUUAAUGACUUUAUUUUACAUUGAGAAUGCAAAAAUUAUUCCUGUUUCAAUACACAUUUUACCUCCCAGCAAGGAAAGAUGGAGCACAACUGCUUGUUUCAUUCAAAAAAAUAUUAUAGCCGUUGGCGAUAGGAAAGGUCACAUGUAUAUAUUUGCAAUAGACAAAUUAGCCCCAAUUUUUGUUUUUAAAAGGAUACAAAGUCAUUUGGGCAUAACCAGUUUAUCGACCAGUAAAGAUAAAUUAUUUGCUCUGGGCAGAAAUGGUGAUUUAAAAAUAUUUGAUAUAACUAAUAAUUGUGUUACAUUAUCAGCAACAGAUAAGCUUCCAAUUAAAUGGCUAGCGAAAAUCGUAGAUACAUUUAUAUUAGGCUUUUCCGGAAACACUUUUGUGAUGUGGGAUUACAAAAACAGAACAUCAGUGUAUGAGAAAGAGUGUGGAGGUGGACACAGAUCUUGGGACUUCUUGAAAUUUGAGAAAUACAUGCAUUAUGUCUUUAUUAAAGACAAAAAUAUUUUUUGUGAAUUAAUUGACACAAAUUCAUUGUUACCAGUAGAUCUUGUGGAAGGUUUACAUGCAAACGAAAUUAAUUCGUUGAAAAGCAUUACUCUUGGUUCUGAUAAGUUUUUAGUGUCUGGCGGCGAAGACACGAACUUAAAAAUCUGUAAAAUAAAACAGCCAUCUCUUGAAACUCUGCACAAUCUUAAAUUUCAUCUCUCCAACAUUAGAACCAUUGAAGUGAUUUCUUUUAAAAAUCAGCAUAUGAUAUUUUCGGCAGGUGGAAGGGCUCAAAUUAUAUUAUGGAGACUUGUGGUAAAUCUAGGUAAUUCAACUUCCUGUAACCAAAUAAGUGCGUACCAUGCACCUUUACAGUCCGAGGAUUCUGAGAUGAGAAUAAUGGAUUUGCAUCUUUGGCAAAAUGAGAAUACACUUUACAUAUUUGCAGCUUGUUCUAAUGGUUACAUAAAGAUAUUUUAUUUGGAUGAUGAUUUUAAAAUUAUAUUGAAGCACGACGUGUUUUAUAAAUUAAAAUGCGUCACAAAAAUUAGAGGAUUUGACUCGAUAAUUGCGUCAAUGGCCACAGACGGUGAACUUGUAUUUUGGAACAAGGAUCAAAUGAUUGAUUCUAUGGAUGUGACACCUGUAAUUUCAAAAAGGGCUCAUCAAUCGGGAAUAAACAGUUUUUCGUAUAAACAAAUAUCAACAAAUAAUUAUAUUAUUUUAACUGGAGGCGAUGAUAAUGCUAUAAUUCUAAAUUUAUUAUCUGUUACAAAAAAUAAUGCAGAAUUAUGUAUUAAUGUUAAAGAAGUCUUUAAGGAUGUUGGAGCUCACUGCGCCCAGAUAACUGGAACAAAAAUUCUGGAUGAUUAUUUUCUUACCGUCUCAAUUGACCAGCGUCUUUCAGUUUACAAGUGGAGUUACUCAAAUGAUAAUAUUUCUUGCAGGUACCUUGAAAAAUAUCAAACUGCUAUUGCCGACAUACAAGGUUUUGACGUUGUUAAUGAUGAAGUUGUGAUUUAUGGCAAUGGAAUUGAAUAUCUUAAAAUUUGUAAAAAAAAAUGAAUGAUAUUUAAUUUGAAAAUAAAUUAAAAAUUAAA